ACUGACAUGCUGCAUUGCAACAAGAUGACUUCUCUUCCCCUUUGUUUUCCUCUGUUGGCCAUACUUCUGCAUCCCACUUUCUGCCUCUACAACUGCUCCUCUGAGUAUGAGAGGAUCCCAGAAAGCUCAGACCUGACAGUUGACUGUGGCACCACCAUGAUCACGUUGGAGAUCAACCUAUGCACAGCUCAGUGGGCGGGGUUCAACUCGUCAACCAUGGCGCUGAACGGAAAGCACAAUGUCACAGACUGCCAGGGCUCCGUUGACUCCAGCGUUGACCCUCCCAUCAUUCGCUAUCAACUUCCGGUCAACCACAGCGACCAAAACCCUUGUCGACAGUCCCUGCAGAUUGUGGACGAGACCCCUGACCCGACCGGGCCCUUCAGCAACUUCCUCACCAUCCAGUCGGUCAUCAUAACGGGUUUCAUCGACACCCCCAGAUCCGAGCAGGGGGUGAUCAGCUACACCACUGACCUCUACUACCACUUCUCCUGCCGCUAUCCCUUAGAGUACCUUAUCAACAACACACAGAUUGUGGCCUCUUCGGUUUCUGUGGCAACAAGUGACAACAAUGGAAGCUUCAUUGACACACUAAAAAUGAAUGUUUAUAACGACUCCGACUAUGGCUAUCCGCUAAUCGUCCCUUCAUCAGGUCUACAGCUGCGAACGAGGGUCUACGUGGAAGUAAAAGCUGUGAACCUGACUGGAAACUUCCAUGUGCUGAUGGAUCACUGCUUCGGAACUCCCACCUCUUAUAAUGCGUCACACACUGAGCAACACAACUUCUUCACCGGGUGCUCAGUUGACCAAAGGGCAACAAUAAAUACCAACGGAAACUCCAAAUUUGCCCGCUUUGACUUUGAGGCCUUCCGCUUCGUUCAACACCGCGAGCAGACCAAGUCCAGCAUCUACCUACAUUGUAUUCUCAGACUCUGUGAGCCCACCAAAUGUGAAGAACUCUUGAACGCUUGUAACAGCAGAAAGAAAAGGUCCUUGACCCCUUUCGGACAGGAGGGAAGAGACUCAGCCACUCUUUCAAUCGGACCGCUGUACACCUCCGGAGAAGGCAGGCCUGCAGCAGAAGCCUACCGCGACAAUUUGGCAUCACAGAAGGAUGACCUAAAUGUGACAGGCCUCAUAGUUGGGGUUGUGUUUGGUUCUGCCGCGUCCGUUGUGCUGGUCCUUGGCGGCUGGUUUGUAUUGAAGAAGUUUUGCUGGGCCGGCCGCUUACCUCGCACCUUCAACUGACACCAAUUUUUUAUAUUAUGUUUACAACAAAAGAUAUAUUUUUGUCACAAAAAAAUAUUCUUAUUGAAUCUCAGA